AUGAUAAUUGAAGAAGCACAAGCUAUCAAUUCUUUUUUCAGAUCGGAAUCCUCAAAAGAGGCCUAUGGGCUCAUAUGGUUACUUGUACCUAUUGUUACUCUUGUAUUGGGAAUCACAAUAGGGGUAUUAGUAAUUGUGUGGCUAGAAAGAAAAAUAUCUGCAGGGAUACAACGACGAAUUGGUCCUGAGUAUGCCGGCCCCCUGGGCAUUCUUCAAGCUCUAGCGGAUGGGGUCAAACUACUUUUCAAAGAAGAUCUUCUUCCAUCUAGAGGAGAUAUUCGUUUAUUUAGUGUCGGCCCAUCCGUAGCGGUCGUAUCAAUUCUACUGAGUUAUUCAGUAAUUCCCUUUGGCCAUCACCUUGUACUAACCGAUCUCAGUAUAGGUGUUUCUCUAUGGAUCGCUAUUUCAAGUAUUGCCCCUAUCGGACUUCUUAUGUCCGGAUAUGGAUCAAAUAAUAAAUAUUCCUUUUCAGGUGGUUUACGAGCUGCUGCUCAAUCUAUAAGUUAUGAAAUACCGUUAACUCCAUGUGUGUUAUCAAUAUCUCUACGUGUGAUUCGUUGGAAUACGCACUCCUACCUCUUUCUUUGCUUUUUCUAGGAAAGAAGUUGGUUGAUUGAAUAUAUAGAUAGAACUCUUUUUUAUUCAUCACUGGGAUCUAUGAACUAAACCAGAUAGUUAUAUGAGUGAAACAAAACUGCUUAUGAAUUCGCAGUAAGAAGAUCGAGUCUCAUUACCUACGUACGAGAGUAAAGUGGAGCUAAACAUAAGCAGCGGAAGCUGUUUACCCCAAGUAUCGAUUAGCCAUCAGGACUUGAAGCGGGCGCAAAAGAUCAACUGUAUGGAAUUUUUACUCUUGUAUUUAUUACCAUACCGAGGAUCCACCAAAACUGAGUGGACGGUUAGGAACACCAAGGUACACAAAAGAUUAGUAAUGGAGAUAAUGUAACGUAUCCAAACGGAUAUUUUGACAUUACAUAAAAGGAGUCAUAAUGAGGGCUUGAAGUUGGUAGAAAUGAUCAAAAAGUACUUCCCCGUGAUCCCGAUCCAGAGUAUAGCUCCUAUCCACUGAUUUAAAAAUAACUAUCAGGAACGAAGUAAUCCUUUAUUUAUAUAGUAUAGUCCUUCUGAGAAAGAAGAGAAGAACAGGAAGGAAAAAUGGAUUGACUAUUUAUUGUAUCUUAUGGAAAGAUCGAGUUAAGUUAUUACUGAACAAGAAACUCAGCAAAAAGAAUAAAGGAUGAGAUGGAUUCAGAAGUGUACUUUUUAUUUGUUAUUAUCUUAUCGCGGACAGAAUCCCACUGGUCUAGUUCACUUAUGAGCAUUUUGAUUCAUCUUUCUUUUUUCCUAUGGUAUGCCGAUGUAAUACCGAAGCAUACCUUAGAUUUAUUCGUGACCAUUGAGGAGCCGUAUGAAGCUGAGGUCUCAUGUACGGUUCUGGAAUAGAGAUGGGAACAGUGAUGUUAUCAUCGACUAUGAUUAU